AUGAGCGAGAAUGAUAAUUGGUUAGACGAUUUAUCUAAUAGUAUUGUUAAUAACAACAAGAAAUCAUCGGAAGGAAAUAAUGAAUAUUUAUUUAAUAGGAUUUUACAAUCUUCUAUCAAACAAGAAUUAUCAGAAGAAAAUGAUGAAUCAACCUCUAUUGGUAAUCAAAUUCCGAACCAAAUAUUAAUUAAAACAUGUCCCUAUUUAUUUAGUUUAACGUCAUCACAAGGUGAUUCACCUUCUGUUCAUCCCAAAUUCAAAAAACUAUAUCAAAAACUAACACGAUACAUUUCCAGAAAAUUAGAAAAGAAAUCAGGAAUGGAAGAAAUUGAAAAUCAUAUCAGGAAAAUGAUGGAUAAUUUAAUGUGGAAUAAUGGAGAGGUUGUUGACUUUUUUCAUGAUCAGGAUGAAUGGUUACAAUCUAACACUCAAUAUUCAAGUUGGAAGAAUACUCAAAUGACAUCUUCAAAAUCUUCUUCUGGCCGAAUUGAAAAUCAAAAUAUGGAUUUGAUUUGGGAACAACUGAAGACUGAGGUUUUUGAAAUUUUGUUAAAUGUGAUGGGAGAAACCAGUAUUACAUUGUACGAAUUUAAACAUGCACUUAGAACAGCUCUCUAUCAACUUCAAUUAAAAGAAAGGGAAUACAGAAGAAUACCGAAAGAGUUGUUGGAAAUUGCUAUUGAUAAGUUUCUUCCAAAUGCUCAAAAUGGUAGAUCCUUGGUUCAAUUUAUAGUUUCAGAACUGAAAAGAUUAAAAUCAGAAACGGAGAACAUUUCCUCAGAGUUGAGCAAUAUUCACUCUCGACAUGGUAACCAAUCAUCAGCUGUACAACAAUCAGGAGAGAGUACUUCUAAGAGAGCAUUGAAAAUUAUUUCAAUGACAAUUAUGCAGCUACUUCAAAGAAGAUUAAUACCAAUUCCUGGUAUUCAAAUGUUGGAUGAUGAGAGCGUUAAUAAUAUUAUAGACAAGACAGAAAAACCAAUCAAACAACGAGAUAGUAAGAGAGUUCACUACAAGGGAAUUGUGGAUUUUUCCAAAAAAGUUUAUCUUAACUAUUUGCAGAAUAAGAAUAGAAAUAAUGAGAGGAAGAAGGAUUUUUCCAUUUCGAUGGAUGAUACUCAAUUACAAAGCAAUAAUAACAAUAGCUUAUCAUAUUGGAAUAAUAAUACCUUCUCCAGUAGAAUUAAUAGUAUGGGUCGAUCAUCAAACAUGUCGAGGGAAAUUGAUAAUUGGAUGAAUCAAUAUAGAGAUAUUAGAUCCAAAAAAGAUCAUACAGAAAAAGGAAGAACAGAUCAAGCAAAAGGAGAAAGAGUUACAGUACCGACUCAAACAUCUUGA